GGAGGAGUAUUCAGACCAUGAGGAGGAGUGGUAUGACGACUAUUGGACAGAGUCUGACUAGACGUAGAUCAUACACUAUACUUGUAUAUGGUCUACUGAUACGUUAUAAAACGUUCUAUAUUCUUGUCAAUCUACCGCAAAGUGAUGGUGAUGAAAACGUCCAAGGAAAUUACAUGUUAAGGAGUGUUACCUUAUACAUGCAUAGUUUGAACAUGCAUUGUCUUCACGAUUCCCCGAUGCUCCCAGCACAUACUGGCAAGUAAUCUUUAUGCCAAUCACUUGCAUCUUAUCAAAACAUAUUUGAACUGCACAUCGUCCCCCAUUACUAUGCAAGUUGUGAAGGAAAUAUUUUCAUGAUAUCGACUAGUGGCAGCCGUAAGUUGUUGCCACUAUCCCCCCAUCCCCGAAACCUCUGUAGAAUAGACACGACACGAAGGUUUCGGUCUCGUGUCAGUAAUCGAUCGGACCUUGAGCUUUUUAAUGGACAUUGGUGUGUACCAUGAUCACGCUGUGCUGACAAUAAAGUUUCGGCGAAACCUGGUAUUCAAAUGAAUCAAGUGGUGAUUGGUUAAAUCCCUGUCAAAGAUAAAGGUGUUGUUUACCCUUGACAACAAGCUAUAUGGUCCAACACACAUUUCCUGUCACUCAAAGUGACACAACAUUGUCUCAGUGGCGGUUUUCUCAAGAAAAGAAGAUCCUGUUGGCGACGCGUUAUUUUGUCAAAUAGCCAUGGCAGAUGGUGGAGCAGCAGUGGAUUGGAGUGAUGUAUUUGAGACGGAGAUCCGUGCAAAGUUCGAAGACGACUGGACCUUGAACAAGGUCGGCGAUCUACCCAACAUCAACCAGGCUAGAGACUCCGGGUGGAAACAGUUCACUGACAGAGCAAAGGUUCGGUUUAAGUGCAGUAGAUGCAACAAAACCUGGACGUCCAUCAGGGGUGUCGUCAUCUUCCACAACCGCUUCAAGAAGACAGGUGAAGUGAAAAUGUUCCUUCCUGGGCAGAAGUGCCUUUCUUGCAAGGGUGAUUUUGAGUCCCCAAUGUGGUACGAAGACAAGAUGGUCAAGGUGAUGCAGAAUCUCCGAAAGAAGAUCGGGGAGUUCUACACCACGGGUGUUGGCCCUAGAGGUUUGAACUGGGCUCAAAGAUUAGCAAACAUGCCAAGCAAACAUGAGGCUGGCCUUUGCGCAGCAAGUCAGAUGGACCUUUGUAGGGGUAGUACGGGGAUAACUGGGAUGAAGAGGAAACAGGUGAUCAGGAACCAGAUGAUGGGCACAGAUAAUCAGUUAGAUGAUGACUCAAAUGACGAAUCAGAUCCUGAUUCCAAUGACGAAUCAGAUGAUGACACUUAUUGGGAAUACAGUGAACCCCAUGAGGAAAUGGAUGAUGAUGACCAUUAUGGGAAGAGAAAUUGGGACAACAGGGAUCCCUAUGAGGAAAUGCAUGAUGAUAAAGAAAUGGAUGAUGAAGAUCCUUAUAGGAAGAAAAAUCGGGACAGUAGGGACCUCUAUGAGGAAAUGUAUGAUGAUGAUCCUUACUGGCAGAACUACAGCGAUCCCUAUGACUAUUCGGAUGAUGACCGUUGGUAAAAUUACUGCAAGAAGCCGUUUAAUUGCACACUCCAUUUGCUGGCAUAUUUUCUGCAAUUAUCCGGGCGGUGCGACAAUGCGAAGUUAUCCAGCUGGCCGGUUUGAGAUUUGGGGCUAUGGUGCAAUCACCAGACGUGUGCUGUAAUCCGUAGUGUAAUUAACUGGCUUCCACUGAACUAGCAAAAUUGUACAGUGUAAUUUUUGAAAAGCAAAUCCUCACAAUGAUGUUCUAAACCUCUAUGGAGAUCCCAGUUUAGUCAUAUGUUAAGUUGUCAAGGUUUAGUUUCGCCUUUUGAUGACUCCCUGUUCAUGCCUCUGUUGACAAUACAUUUCCAUGUCUAUCCCUUCUCAUAUAUCUAAUAAAAUACAUUUGUAAGGGGCUAGAUCUAGAAAUUUAGUAGAAGUUUGGUACUGCCGAUGUCUUACUAAGCGAUUUAGUUCGCACCAACUUGCUAUGUACAUAUGUGAAAUGAGGUGUUUUUGAAGUUAAUUUCAUAUCAAUCACGUCAAGAUUGUUAUUUACAUAGUGACAAUACUGACUAGCUCAGGAUUUUUCCCAAUGCUAGACUUUCCCCUCAUAGUACUUACCGCAUGGUGUAAAAUGCAUAAAAUGAAUGAAAAACAAAUUGCUGGGGAAAAGUCUGAUCUGCAUUUAAUGGGUCUUCAGAAGACGAUAUCUGUUCUUUGUCAUUGUCUACUAGUAAUUCACACGUCUAGCACAUGUUCACAUUCAAGAACAUCGUUUGAUGCUGUACAUGCAUGUAACGCUCUGAUCCUUUUUUGCGUAAGGAAAGUCUGUUUUGUAGUACAAUAUUGGGUAUUUUAGAUAAUGACAGGUUGCCGUUUGUUAGAGGUCUUCUCAAGCUUCUUUUGUGCGUGACCAACAAGUGACAGUCUUCAAAGCAGUGUGCGAUAGGGGAGCAGAUGUGAAAAUACAAUUUGAAUUCUAUAAAGCCUUGAUCCAUUUAAAUGAAGGAAAGUUUAUUGUAAGCAAGCUGAAAACUUUUCUUCGUGAUAGUCAAUGUCCGGCUUUGCUUUCGUUCUUGAUGCUGUAAUGAAAAUAAAUCACAGUUCUUAACA